CAGCAUCUAUAAUGCAGCUUCCUGUAGAUGUAUUGCCAAUGCCAAUUUGCCAUUUGAUCGCUGCAGUCAGUAGUUACUGUAAUGCGGAACAAACUGCUGCCCUCUAAGAUCUCAAUACAUCAGUUUCAUGCAGGUCUUAGUGCUACACAACGUCACUGACCAUGAACAAGAUGAAGAUGAAGCUGCCUGAGCAGAUCCUGAAUCACAUCUUGGAGAUUCUCUACCUGCUGAUGGGAGAGUUGUAGGUCAGUGUUACUGUGACAAGGUGAGUUCCAGUUACUUGGAGUUCUUGGAGUAUUGGGGCUGACUCACGUGUGACCAACAAGAUGACGACUGAGAAGAACCAAACCUCAGAGAUCUACAUGCUGACUGGGGAGGAACAAAUGGAGUUUGAUGAAGUUGCAGUUUAUUUCUCGGAGGAGGAGUGGGGCUAUUUAACUGAAGAACAAAAAGAGCUUUAUAAGGAUGUGAUGAUGGAGAAUUACCAGACCCUCAGGUCUCUAGGAUAUGUUCAUAUGAAACCUUUACUUGUUACAAAGAUUGAGCAUAGAGAGGAGCCGUAUGUGAGCAGUUUUCCAAAUAACAAAGGUGAAUUCACAAACUACAGUUGUGGUCAGAGGGGAAAUGCUUCUUUCAGUCUUUUCCAAAAUCAAAGAAGUCAAAAAGGAAAUUUAUGUUCUGAAUGUGGGAAAUGUUUCACAGAGAAAUCCUUUCUUUUUGACCAUCUGAAAUCUCAUACAGGAAAUAAAGAAUUGUCAUGUUCUAAAUGUGGGAAAUGUUUUUCUCGGAAAUCAUAUCUCAUUAUGCAUCACAAAAUUCACACAGGAGAAAAGGCAUUUUCAUGUUCUGACUGUGGAAAAUGUUUUACUUGGAAAUCAGUUCUUAUUGAUCAUCAGAAAAUUCAUACAGGAGAGAAAGCAUUUUCAUGUUCUGACUGUGGGAAAUGUUUUACUCGGAAAUCAUAUCUUAUAAUGCAUCACAAAAUUCAUACAGGAGAAAAAGCAUUUUCAUGUUCUGACUGUGGGAAAUGUUUUACUAGGAAAUCAGACCUUAAUACUCAUCACAAAAUUCACCUAGGAGAAAAAGCAUUUUCAUGUUCUGUCUGUGGGAAAUGUUUUAGUCAAAAAUCAAAUCUUAUUCAUCAUCAGAAAAUUCAUUCAGGAGAAAAAGCAUUUUCAUGUUGUGAUUGUGGGAAAUGUUUUACUCGGAAAUCAUAUCUUAUUAAACAUCAGAAAAUUCAUACAGGAGAAAAAGCAUUUUCAUGUUCUGACUGUGAUAAAUGUUUUACUCGGAAAUCAUAUCUUAUUAAUCAUCAGAAAAUUCAUACAGGAGAAAAAGCAUUUUCAUGUUCUGACUGUGGGAAAUGUUUUACUAGGAAAUCAGACCUUAAUACUCAUCACAAAAUUCACCUAGGAGAAAAAGCAUUUUCAUGUUCUGUCUGUGGGAAAUGUUUUAGUCAAAAAUCAAAUCUUAUUCAUCAUCAGAAAAUUCAUUCAGGAGAAAAAGCAUUUUCAUGUUGUGAUUGUGGGAAAUGUUUUAUUCGGAAAUCAUAUCUUAUUAAACAUCAGAAAAUUCAUACAGGAGAAAAAGCAUUUUCAUGUUCUGACUGUGAUAAAUGUUUUACUCUGAAAUCAUAUCUUAUUAAUCAUCAGAAAAUUCAUACAGGAGAAAAAGCAUUUUCAUGUUCUGACUGUGGGAAAUAUUUUACUCAGAAAUCUCAUCUUAUUCAACAUCACAAAAUUCACACAGGAGAAAAAGCAUUUUCAUGCUCUGACUGUGGGAAAUGUUUUAAUCGGAAAUCACAUCUUAUUCAUCAUCAGAAAAUUCACACAGGAGAAAAAACAUAUUCAUGUUCUGUCUGUGGGAAAUGUUUUACUAUGAAAUCAACUCUUAUUAUGCAUCACAAAAUUCACACAGGAGAAAAGUAAUUUUCAUGUUUUGGCUGAGAAAUGUUUUACCCUGAAAUCGCAUCUUAUUAUGCAUCAGAAAAAAUCAUACAGGAGAGAAAGAAUUCUCAUGUUCUGGCUGUGGAAAAUGUUUUACUCUGAAAUCACAUCUUAUUAUGCAUCAGAAAAUUCAUACAGGAGAGAGGAUUUUUAUAUUCUGAAUGUGAUAAAUGUUUUGCUCAGAAAUCAAAUCUUAUUACUCUGCAGAAAAUUAUUAAAGGAAAUCAGAGCUUAACCUCUUCAGUGCAGAGACACAUAAUCAACAUCUGUGCAUUUUUUGGAGUGCUGGUAAUGACUACAUGUGGACCUCCAUGGUGGAUGAGCUUUUGUAGCUUUUUGAGGAUCCUCUGCAUCUCAAGUGUUUAAAAAGUGUCCCAUUGUGUUUGGAAAUUGGGGUCCCUAUAUAGGUUUGAGUAGCCAAGCGAUCACCUGCCACAAAUGUGCAUUUAUUUGAGUUUCAUGGGAGGGUGCAUCUAUGUGUAGAUACCCUAAGGCCCUUAUUAUAUGUUGAUAAACCCAUCUUUUAAAUGUAGACACUAUUGAAAGCAUUAUAGUCAAGUGGUCACUGAGAUGACAGUGUUUCCCUAGCUGGAAUUUAAAUUGAUCUAGUGCAUAGCUGUACACGGUGAUGAGCCCCUGUGUUAACAUCAAAGUGCAAGAGACCACAAUGGAACCCACCAGGGUUGUCCCCUCUAUUAUUUGCUCUCUCCAUUGAACUGUUGGCUGUAGCUAUUUUGAAAAAAAAAAACAGAUGAUAAAGGGUCUCUUCUUAUAUGGUACUUAUCAGAAACUGAGUCUGUUCGCAGACAACCAAGUCUUUUUAAUGGAACCUGAAAAAUUCCUUCCAAUUUUGUUUUGACUUGUUUAAUUACUUUGGUUCCUUAUCUUAUAAACUAAAUGUUGAUAAAAA